AUGUCUGAAACAUCUCUCAGCUCCGGCUCGAGUCAACGGUUGUUGCAGUUUAGCCUCAAAGGAGAUUGGAUCGCACUUGAAAAUACAAUUAAAACAUUAGACAAGGGAGACCCAGAAAUCCAUCAGUUCGAUGAGGAGUCUGGCUUAAGUCUUCUGAUGGUUGCAGUUCGAGAGAACCGUCUAGCUGUAGUGGACAGGCUGCUGGAGCUAGGGGCCAAUCCCUGUGAAAAGUCUAAGGAUGGAAGGACUGCUCUGCAUAUCGCUGCCUCUCAUUCCAAGGAUGACAUCGUCAAACUUCUGGCACGGAAAAUAGAUCCCAAUAUUCCCGGAGGGCCAAAGGACCAGCUGCCUCUCCACUACGCUGCCUCCCGACCCGCUGGGAACCAUGCUAUUGUUCAGACUCUGCUCAAACUGUCAAGUAAAGAGGCCCGACUUACGCCAGACAGGGAUGGCUGCAUUCCUUUGCUCUUGGCCGUGGAAGCCGGGAAUGUUGGAAUCGUUAAGGAGCUCCUCGGAAACCAAUCAGAAGCGCAGCUCCGAGCCCAGAAAUCAGCCAGCGGAGAUUCAGCGCUCCACAUCUGUUGCAGAAGAAAGGAUCUGGAGAUGGCCAAGGUCCUGGUUGAAUUUGGCGCAAACGUGGAUUUCCAAAAUGAGGAAGGCCAGACUCCACUCCACAUCGCUGCCUGUGAGGGAGAUGAGGUCAUGCUUAAGCUUUUCUACCAGAGUAAAGCCAAUCCCAACAUCGCCGAUAAGAUGGACAGGUCUCCUCUGCAUGUGGCUGCAGAGAAAGGGCACACUAAUGUCGUCGAGAUCCUCACAGAGAAAUUCAAAUCCAAUGUGUUGGCCAGGACCAAGGAUGGGAGUACUCUGUUACACAUUGCAUCUCAGUGUGGUCACCCUGAGACAGCCCUGACCUUUCUGAAGAAAGGAGUUCCUCUGCACAUGCCCAAUAAGUCAGGUGCAGUGUGCUUACAUGCAGCGGCUAAGAGAGGCCACACGGCUGUAGUGAAGGCUCUCCUCCUGAAGGGGGCGCAUGUGGACGCCACCACUAAAGACGGCCAGACGGCGCUUCACGUUGCCGUGCAGAACUGCAAGCCGCAGGUGGUGCAGAUGUUACUGGGCUUUGGGGCACAGGUGCAACUCAAGGGAGGCAAGGCACUGGAAACCCCUUUGCAUAUUGCGGCCAGAGUGAAAGAAGGGGAGAAGGUGGCCGAGAUGCUCCUCAAGAGUGGAGCAGAUGUCAAUGCUGAACAGGAGAAUGGGGAGACUGCGAUGCAUAUGGCAGCCCGGUAUGGCAGCGUGCAGAUGCUAAGAGCUCUGAUCGAGGAGGGAGGAGACCUCACCUGGAGAUCUAAGGCAGGAGAGAACCCUCUCCACAUUGCUGUGCGUCAUUGCCAUGCCCACAUGGUGAAGGAGAUCCUGACCUAUCUGGCCAAUGAGAGCAGAGAGGAGGCGGAGCUCUGUGCGAGACAGGAGAACCAGAAGGGGGAGACGCCCUUACACCUGGCGGCCGAGCUGAGGAAAGAGGCGGUCCACGAGGAAGGUGAAGAUAUUGUCAUCAUCAGAACCCUGAUGGAGCAUAACGCUGAUGUCGCAGCGGCCACCAGACAGGCGGGAGAGACAGCCCUGCAUUACUGUGCCAGAGUGGGAAACACUGGAGUUCUUCAAGAGAUGCUGAGUAACGUUCCCGCAAACCAACUCCAGACAGCUGUCAACAAACACGCCAGAAAUGGCAGGUCUCCAUUACUCCUUGCAGCGGAGAGAGGUCACACAGAGGUCGUGCGGAUCCUGUUGCAGAAUCACGCCAGGGUGGAUGUGUUCGAUGAGGAUGGAAAAGCUGCCCUCCAUCUUGCUGCGGAACAAGGUCACGAUGACAUUGCUGACAUCCUGCUAUCCCACAAGGCCUUUGUGAACGCCAAGACCAAACUGGGCCUGACGCCCCUGCACCUGAGUGCCCACAACGGCUCCGCCCAACUGGUCAAGCUCCUGGUGGAGACGCACCAGGCCAGCAUAGACGCCCUCUCUCUGAACAAACAGACUCCGCUCCAUCUGGCGGCAAUGAAUGGUCAGCUUGAUGUCUGCAGCUCUCUGUUAAACUUGAGGAGUGAUAUCACUGUGACAGAUAUACAUGGACAGACACCUCUUCACCUGGCUGCGGAGAACGACCAUUCAGAGGUUGUAAAAUUGUUUCUGAAGCAGCGUCCUGACUUAGCCACCCUGGCUAACGUGGAAGGUUCUACGUGCACACACAUCGCCGCAGCCAAGGGCAGUGUGGCCGUCAUCAGAGAACUGCUCAAAUUCAACCAGGGAAGCAUCACCACCCUUCACAACAAGGCCAACGGGUCCUGCCCCUUACACCUUGCGGCUGCUGGGGGUCACACGGAGGUUGUGAAGGUCCUUCUGGAAGCGGGGGCAUCAGCAGCUGAAGAGGACGCAGAGGGAAUGACAAGCAUUCAUCUGGCUGCCAAAAGCGGGCACACACACAUCCUGGAUGUACUGAAGACCAGUGUCUCUCUUAAGAUAAGCAGCUCUAAGACAGGACUGACUGCCUUGCAUGUGGCAGCGUGUUUUGGUCAGGUUGACUUUGUGAGAGAGAUCCUGACCAAAGUCCCAGCCACCAUACGCAGUGAAUGUCCUCUCAGCAGCAGCAGCAGCAAAGAGGGCACCAGGAGACAUCAGCUCCCUCUAGAGUCAGGGUAUACUCCCUUGCACCUGGCGGCUCAGUCUGGCCAUGAGAAUGUGGUGCGGUUGUUGCUGAACUCCCCUGGUGUUCAGGCAGAUGCAGAAACUGACACACAGGGUUCGACACCGUUACACUUAGCAGCUCAGAGUGGUCAAACCGCGGUCGUGGGUCUGCUCCUGAGCAGGUCCAGCUCUCUGCUCCACCUGAAAGACAAACGCGGACGCACGUGUCUCCACCUGGCAUCCGCCCACGGUCAUGUUUCCAUGGUGAAGGUUCUCCUUGGUCAGGGAGCAGAGAUCAACCACACGGACAAGAGUGGCUGGACUCCGCUCCACUACGCGGCGAAAGCGGGCUGCCUGGACGUGGUGCGCUUCCUGGUGGAGAGCGGAGCGUCGGCACGGGCGGAAUGCCACGGAGGCCGGACGCCGCUGCAGUACGCCGCUGAGGAGAACCACCAGGCCACCGUCAGCUUCCUGUUGUGUCAGGACAACAACACGCUGCGUCUGCUGGAGGACAGAAAGUUUGUGUUUGAUCUGAUGGUUUGCGGGAGACUGAAUGGUAACGUAGCUUUGGAGGAGCUGGUACUCCACUCCGCAGCUCCUCUGGACACGGCGGUCCGCUUGUCCCGUGCUCUGGACUUGGCCGCUCUGAGGGAGAAAGAACGUUCUGUUGACCUUCAAGCCGCAGCACGACACUGCGAGGUCAUGGCCUCCGACCUUUUGACCCUUGCCUCCUCAGCCGGGGGUCGGGGCGCCGGGGCGGUCCUGAGGGCCGUUGACCACCGGGGCGCGAGCGUUCUGGACUGCCUCAUCGAGGCGCGGCAGAAGGGCGUGGUCGCCCACCCAGCGGUGCAGAAGUACCUGACAGAGGUGUGGUACGGCAGCCUGCAGUGGGACUCCUGGAGAAUUUUGCUGCUCUUUUUCAGUCUUCUGCUCUGUCCUCCGCUGUGGCUGGCACUCUCACUGCCGCUGAAACACAGAUUCAACACUAUCCCUAUUGUGAAGUUCAUGAGCCACCUGGUGUCGCAUGUCUUCCUUCUGGCUCUCUUCAUCCUCACGAUCGUCUACCCUCCGGUGAGUCCGCUAGCUUUGGGCAGGCUCCUCCCAGGUUGGUCGGAGUGGUUGCUACUGGCCUGGCUGUGUGGCAUGCUGGUAUCGGAGUUGACCCAUCCAGGGGAAAGAGCCGGUUUAGCCUGGAUUCGACUCCUUCUCCUGGGCUUUUCCGCAGCAGCUCUGAUCUGUCACCUCCUGGCUGUGAUGGUCCAGUGGUGGCCUCCGGCGCACUUGCAUUUCCUGUUUGCCAGGAAUGUUCUGUUGGCCGUUGCCAUGACACUAGGAUUUGUGCAGCUCCUGGAGUUCCUGACUUUUCAUCACCUUUUUGGGCCCUGGGCCAUUAUCAUUAGGGACUUGAUGAAGGACCUGGGUCGCUUCGCUGUUAUCCUGGCACUGUUCCACACCGCUUUCACCAUGAGCUUGUCUGCGGUUUGCCAACCUGUCUACCCGGUCGCAAAUUUCCACGGCAACGAGACAGUCAGCAACGUCACCGCGGAGGCCGUUGCUGAGGAGGGGGACCAGGAGCUAAGCCCGUUGGACGUUUCCGUGCUGCUGUUCUUCGCCCUGUUCGGACUGACGGAACCAGAGGCCAUGCCUACUCUGGAACGUUCUCCAGCUGCUGCGGGCGUUGUGGCUCACCUGGCGUUCGGGAUCUACCUGGUCGUCACUGUGAUUGUGUUGAUCAACCUGCUCAUCGCGAUGAUGAGCGACACGUACCAGCGUAUCCAGGCGCAGUCGGACACAGAGUGGAAAUUUGGCCGCGCCGUCCUGAUCAGAGACAUGAGCCGAAAGUCUGGCACUCCUUCCCCAUUCAACCUGUUCACCAACCUCUUCUUCUACGUCAAGAUCCUCUGCAAACAUGGUGGGAGGAUCUGCUCAGGGGGAGGUCGUGACCGGAUGGGUGAGGAAGAGGACGUCGAAGGGCUUUCAGACACGCGCUCCCUGGACAUGCUGGCACACAGCUCCAUCAGCUGGCUCAGAGGAAACAAAAGGACUCAGAUACUCCCUGAAGGUAGCCCCGGCACGUUGCCACGGCUAGCCGGACAAGUGCGCGUGGAACACAUUACAGACUGGGCAGUGGUGGUACAGCGUUUCUUAGCUCUGCGCGGCCAGAGAGACAGACCCCCGACGGAGAAAGACUGCCACCAAACUGCACAAACCAUAUAA